CUUCCCCUUUCCCUCUAAUACUUUAACUGCUUCGCUGCUUCGCUUCGAUCACUUUAAUUUCUUCUUUUUAUUCUGGCUUACGGUAACUUGUGGCACCUCCAUGGAAUAGCCAUUCUCUUUCGGCUUCGUCUUCCUAGCCCUUCUCGAUUCUAACAAGACCGACUUUCUUUUUAUUUUAGACUCUACUCUUCUCUUCUCGCUCCUUCUUCCUCAAUUCCUCAAUUUCUCAAUCCAUCACUCUCUAUCUCUCAUCUCCACAUUGUACCAAGCAACGAAAAUGUCAUCAAUAUCACAACAAAGGAGUGCUUCCCCAAUGAUGCACUCCUCAAUAUCUUCACAGCACCUCAAUCCGCAUUCCCAUUCACACUCCCAUGCCGCCUGCACUUCCUACGCCUCCUCUAUCUCACCCUCGCCCUGCUCAAGGCCAUCUUCACCGGCCUCCAUGAUCGGCUCCACCUACACUGUCCCGACCCCGCCUCAAUCGCCAACCUCCUUCCACCUAAAGAGCUUUGCAUCUACGCCAGGGUCGCCUACAGCACCAAACAGCAACAGCGGUAGCACUAGCACAGUCAUCACACUCGGUUCUCAACCUGUCGGAUCUGCACCUUCGUCUGAUCCCUCCAGCAACCCUUCCAGUGUCUUUAAUCUCUCUGUUGGAUCGCUUCUUUCUCAGCCUGUCACUCGCUUUGUCGUUCUGUUGACAUUACUGCAGAGUCUUGUUGCACUGGGAGGCCAUUUUCCUGAUCAUUGUACAGCACCAUCGCAUGUUCUGUAUGCAGGACAGUAUGCCGCCAUGAUUGCAUCGCCCUUUGUGGUGCCAUUGACGCCAGCCCUCUUGGUCUCCGCUCAACAAACUCUUGGAACCUCGCUCUUGCUCGCCAUAUCCAACAUUAUCUCGUUGGCACUCUUUGAGGAGCGACUGACGACUAUCUUCAAUGGCAACGGCUCGCGGAUCUUCCGCAACCUGUUUCUGACGAUUGUGGCUCUGGUCUUGGCGUCUCGCCAGCUCCUGGGCUUCAUUUUUUCCAGAUCACUGGGAUGGCAGUUUCCUGCGCUGUUCUUCAGCGACUCGAUGCAUGAGUGCAAUCUAGCUUGCCAGUCGAGUUUGACAUGCGUGAUGCCAGCUUGGACGAACCUCGUGAAAGUGGACUUUCAGUCUUGUCAAUGGCAAUCAGGGCGCAGCCUGCAUGAUCAAACAGGCGAUGCAAAAAACACAGAAAAAAAAACUUCUCCAGGGACAUAGCGCCAAUGGGGUGAUGAAAGUGCUGGCGUUGGUGGUUUUCAAUGAGAAAUAGGUUGCCCGAAUCGCCCACUCUCGCUCCUUCCAAUGACAUGUUUGUCGCUGGCACAGCCCUGUCCGUUUUUCCCAUAUGUUUUUACCACGCGGGUUAUCUUUUCGCUAUCAGCUGUCAGAAUGAGAUAAUCUUAUUUCCAGGCACAAUCGUCAAUGCAGUUUAAAACCUUAACUGGCGCGUCAAGGAAUGACAUCUGCUUACAACCACUAUUUUCUAUUAUGUCAUUGUCUUCACAGGCCUGGGUCCCUUUCUCUUCGCCUUGUUGGUCGUGCAGGCACUCUUCCCGGAGUCAACCCUGUCAUCAUCAUCAUCACCGAGUGACAACAACAGCAGCAGCAGCAGCAA